UUAAAAUGUUUCGUGAUAUGUUUAAGAUAUUAAAUAUAUAUUAAAACAGACAUAAAACAUGGACCAACAGCAAUUAAUAUUAAAGCGCUUAAACACAAUAUUUAAUAAUCUCUUACAACCAAAUUUCAUCAUAACAAACAAUGUUUGCUUUGAGAAAUUACUUAUACAUCUUGGUGCUAAAGAAAAUGAGUAUGUCUUACAAGCACCUUUUGCUAUGGAAUGGGUUGAUAAAUGCAUAACAAUGAUGAGUGAAGACUUUACUAAGGUUGAUCCUAAAGUUAUUUCGUUUAUGCUAAAUGUUUGCAGUCUUCUGACAUCCAAUGAGUGGGUUGUAAUAGAAAUAAAAGAGAAGCGAAUUUUUGAACGGGUAACAUUUUUAAUCGAACGCGAUAUGGAUAAACUUACUUCUUCUAUUAAACUUGGUAUAAUACGAUUAUUUGCGUCAGUGGCUCGUUAUAGUCUUGGAUUGGGAUAUAUAAGAUCAGAAGGCGUGUGGCGUUUGUUAUUUAAUUAUUGCAAUAGAGAUCACACUGUUUAUGUGGUUCGUGAAGCUCAACAAUUUCUUUAUGAAGUUCUUUAUAAAUUAUCCGUUAAAACAAAUGAUGAACAAAUCGUUUUAGAAAUUUUAAAUGAAGUACUCAAACCUAUUCAUGAUAACUUGUAUGAAGAACAGAAUGGGAAAAUAUUAAUCAAUGUUGACGAUUCGGAAUUAAUAGAUAAACUCUCUUUUACGUUAAAGCUCAUUUCAUACAUAUUACAACAAACAAUUAUAUCAGAAGAAAAGACUAAUAUUGCUUUUUUGCUAGAAAAGCAUCAUAAUUUUGAGAUAACAAUUUGGAAACUCUGUGAAAUGUCUCAAAAGGAACCUUUUAUGUUAAACAUAUUGACAACUUUAACUAGUUUCAAUUUCGCUAUGUUAGUAUACGAAAAGUGGGACGGUAAGAGUCAAAUUGCGCCGGAAGGUUUUAAUAAAUUUGGUAUUACAUUCUUCAAUAUGAUGAAAUUCUGCAUAGCACGACAUGAGAGCUUAAAUUUUAUAAAAUUGGCCGAACUGAAUCAUGUUCUGUGGAAAAAAUUAGGAUCACGUGCACCAAUAGAUAUAGAAAUCGAGGAUAAACGUAUCCGUUUCGAGAACCAGUUGAUAAUUUUUCAUUUAAUGCCAUUAUUAUUCCUAUUAAGAUCAAAGGAGUUCCAUAAGUUAGAAAUUUUUGAACAAUAUCUUAAUAAAAUCUUUGAUUGUUUAUGUGAACACACUUUACGUAUUGGUUACGGAUACCGUGAUGUACUCUUAAAAAAGGAAGAAGAAAGUGGCUCCGUAGAAGCCUCUGCAGAAUUAUCAUAUAAGUCCAUACAUGGAAUACUUUCCAUUGGAAAUAUUUUGGAGCGUGAUCAAGCUGUUAUUGUGUUUCAGGGCAUGAUGUAUGCUCUUAAGGAAUUUAUUAUAAACUCGAAUCCAGCCUGUUUUGCACAAGAUCAAAAACAAACUGGUGCUGAAUUGAUAGUAAAGAUACCAAAGGUCUUGUAUGCAGUACUGAUUGGGUUACAAUCACUGAUAAAGAAGUUUAGAAUUACGUGGAAAGAAUCGAUUGAAACAAUUUGUUUAGUUAAUUUUUUGGCGUAUUUAUUAGAAACUCCAAAUAUGACAACACUUUUAUCAGUGCAGGCGCUUAAAUUACUUCAAUUAGGAAUUGAACAUUUUCUUUCCCCAAAUAUGGCUUUGUUGGUAGAUAAUUUACAGGGUUCAGGAUUAGUAUGUCUUGGACCAAUAAUUUUGAAACGUUUCCAUGAUAUUGAUUGGGAAGUGCGCGAUAGUACGUUGGAGCUGACAACUUCAAUUGUCAGUAUAUCACGUUUAAAGUUCCCAGCUUUUCAAAAAUUUUUGGCGGAGUCUAAUAUAUGUCCCAUUGUAUAUCAAAUGGCCAAAAAUGAUGGUCAACCAUAUGUACGUGCGUCCGCUUUCAAAUGUCUUGCUUUUAUGGUGCCAAUAAAUAUUCUUUGGGAAAAAGAAUUAUGUAAACUUGAUAUAAUAGAGCACAUAUUGUACGUAAUUUGCAAUGAUCAAGAAGGUAUUGUAAGAAAAGAAGCUGUGUUUACGCUAUCAAAAAUAUAUGAACAUCGCAAAAUACCUACACAACAUAUUGAUGUACUAUAUUCAGCUUUUGCUCAUUGUGUUGUUUCUGAUUUGUAUUGGGAAGUUCAAAUAAAUGCGCUACAAUUUUGGGAAAUGGAAAUAGAAAAACAAUUAACAAAUCAAGGUAUGAUAGACGGCACAUUUCCUCCAGUGACAUUUUCGAAAGAAAACAAAAAAAUAGUACAAUUAACAGAGAAAGAAAUUACCCUGCGUAUUAAAAAAGUUUUUAAUGAAUUGUCUCAGCGUGGAUGCUUAGGUGUUAUUUUAAAGUGCCUUCUUGAAUAUAAUGAUAUAGAGGUUACAAGAACAGCGGUUGGAAUUGUAAAUAGAUUGCUGGAAAAGUUGCAAAAAUAUAAUUAUGAGUCUAUUAUCGAUGGAAUCGAAAUUCAGGAAAGCUCAACAAACAAACCUCAAACACAAACUAACUCCGACGUUCCCACACCAACCGUUCAACAUGAACAAACACUUUUAGAUAGUUCUUACACGUCUAAUCGCGCCGCUGAAAUUAUAGAAGAUAUUAUAUUAGAACAAGAUGUUAAAAUUUUAACUAUGGCCUACGCAAAUACAAUGUUAACAAAUGGUGAAAAUGAGGAAAUACGAAAUAUUAAUAAAACUCUGUAUAAAGAGUAUUCAGAUGUAGAUGCUAAAAAAUUUCUGUCAACAAUAAAAUCUCUUCAACUAAAUGAAAUGCUGCAAAGUCGUGAAGGGUGGCUGAAAUCAACAGAUAGUUUUUUAUCUGAGCUGGAUGAUAUAAUAUUCGCAACAGAUCCAGGGAAAUUAACGAAUUUUCCAGAUUGCUACUGAUUAAUUAUUGUUUUUUUUUAUGUUAAAGAUUUUAUUUAGCGAAUUAUGACCCGAAUAAAUAUUUGAAAAAAA